AUGUCCCAAUACCAGAAAAUACCCAUUAUUUUCAUCAACAUCUUUCCUCCCAGGAGCAUCUAUGUCCCAAUCCUUACUCUCGCUAGCAAGUUCUCUUUCUCCUACCGCGGAGGAUUCCUACUGUUGCUUGCCUAUAGCGAAACCUGGCGACGAUGGCAGAAACCUCAGCGAGACUGGGCGACAAUGGCGAAGAGAUUUUCAGAACCAUCGGAUCUGGAGUUGCUGCCUUUCCCCGUAGCAGCUGCCGUUGCUGCCUCAUCCUCCUCUCUCUCUGUGUUCACCGUCAGAGUGCCUACUAAAGCUCUGGCGGAUUAUUUGCAGUCGAUUAACAGUGAUGGCGAUGGGACGAGUGGUGGUGGGUUGUUGGGGGGAGAAGAAGAGGGGUCUUGGAAGCAGAUUAAUGGUGAUUAUUGA